AUGUCUACUACGAAGAGUAGCAAACGCUACCGUAUUCCUCUCUAUCAACUAGUGUUGUCCCAGGACAGCAUCACUGAUGAUGUUCUCCAACACAAGUGGGAUGGAAGUGGCACAGAAGAAGACCCGUACCUCGUCGACUGGCUCCAUGAGGAUGCUCGCGAUCCUCACCAAAUGCAAGACUGGCUCAAAUGGUCAAUUACACUGCUCCAGGCCGCCUCCUUUCUGUCCAUCACAUUUGCAUCAUCCGCUCUCUCAGCGGCCAACCCCCAAAUCAUGGAAGAAUUUGGUGCUAGCGCUGAACUAGUGGUUGCUGACACUUCGCUUUUUGUUCUUGCUUUUGCCAUCGGACCAGCUAUCUGGGCACCACUGUCUGAGCUCUGGGGUCGUCAGAUCAUCUAUUUCAUCACAUAUGGAUUGACGACUGUGUUUGCGGGAGCAACAAUUGCAAGCCCGAAUAUCGCUACACUGCUCGUUCUCCGAUUCUUCUCAGGUGCAUUUGGCUCUUCAGCAAUUUCCAAUGCCGGAGGUGUGGUUUCAGACAUGUACGCCGCCCGGGACAGAGGACUGGCUACAAUUGCCUUCAUUGGAGCUCCAUUCUUGGGACCCAGUCUCGGACCAAUGGUUUGUGACUUUCUGGCAGUCUCCAGCGGCUGGAGAUGGGUUCAGGGACUUAUCACCAUCUUCAACGCGGUGGUGUUUUUCGUUGGCAUAGCUCUCAUUCCUGAGACUUACACUCCAGUAUUGCUCCAGAAGCGCGCUGUCAAACUCAGUAAACUCACUGGAGCUGUGCACAAGAGUCGUCUGGAUGUUGGCAAUGCAAAUCGGACGGCUAGUCAGAUUUUCACGAAGACCAUGGUGCGCCCCUGGGUUUUGCUCUUCUUGGAGCCGAUUGUGCUGGCUUUGUCUGUUUACAUGGCUAUCAUCUACGGAACAAUGUACAUGGAGUUCGCCGCCUUCCCGAUCGUCUUCGAAGAAAACCUCAAAUGGCCACAAAGCACCUCGGGCCUCUCCUUCACUGGAAUGAUGAUAGGCCAGAUACUCGGAUGCGCAUAUUCGAUCCUCGAUGACGGUCGCUACAAGAAAGUAGCCGACCGCACCGCCUACGGCCGCCCACCCCCCGAAGCACGACUCAUCCCAGCGAUGGUCGGAGCAGUUACUCUACCCGUCGGACUAUUUUGGUUUGCCUGGACCAAUUUCCCACGCAUUCACUGGAUAAUCUGCGAGAUUGGCACCGUUCUUUUUGGAUUCUCGCAUGUAUCCAUCUUCCUGAGCGUGGUCAACUACCUUGUCGAUGGUUAUACUAUUUACGCGGCAUCUGCAUUGGCCGGUAACGCCGUGAUCCGGGCGCUUUUUGGUGCUGCCUUUCCUCUUUUCACAACGCCCAUGUAUCGGAACCUGGGAAUCCACUGGGCUUCCUCCAUUUCAGCCUUCCUUGCCCUCGCGUGCCUACCAUUCCCAUGGAUAUUUUAUAAAUACGGACCGGCAAUUCGGAGACAUUGUCAAUAUGCUGCUGAGUCUGCUCGGCAACUGGAUGAGAUGGCCGACCGCAUGCGUGAACAGGCUGAGCAAAGGGCCAACGAGAAGUCGGCGAGUCAGUCAGAGUCUGCUAGUGGGUUGACUGCUUCUGCUGAAGAGGAGAGUGCUGAACCAAAGCCAACUAGCUGA